AGAGCGCCGAGAGGGCGGAGGCGCCGGGGCACAGCUUGGUGGGGCUGCCCAGGAGAGGGCCGGGAGGCGGGGCGGCGCCCCCACCGCGGGCCCGCGGCGCCCUCUGCAGGCUACAGGAUCCCCGCCUCCCUCCAAGUACCGCGAGAUCUGACGGCGCGGCUACCAUGGCGGCUGCGUUUGAAGCCCCGGCGGCCUUAGCGACAGUGGAUACCGCUAUGCCGGCCGAACAUGUGGCCUCGCAGGUCUCGGCACCGCAGCCAUCACCCGGGCCUGUGAGGAGCCUGCGGACGGCUCAGGAUAUCCGCAGCCCGCGGACCCGCACGGGGGACGUGCUGUUGGCGGAGCCGGCCGACUUCGAGUCACUGCUGCUUUCGCGGCCGGUACUGGAGGGUCUGCGGGCGGCCGGCUUCGAGAGGCCCUCGCCCGUGCAACUCAAGGCCAUCCCGCUGGGGCGCUGCGGGCUCGAUUUAAUUGUUCAAGCUAAAUCUGGCACUGGGAAAACCUGUGUGUUCUCCACCAUUGCUUUGGAUUCUCUUGUUCUUGAAAACUUAAGUACCCAGAUUUUGAUCUUGGCCCCUACAAGAGAAAUUGCUGUACAGAUACAUUCUGUUAUUACAGCCAUUGGAAUAAAAAUGGAAGGCUUGGAGUGUCAUGUCUUUAUUGGAGGGACCCCAUUAUCACAAGACAAAACCAGACUUAAAAAGUGUCAUAUUGCUGUUGGAUCUCCUGGCAGAAUUAAGCAACUCAUAGAACUUGACUACUUGAACCCAGGCAGUAUACGCCUCUUUAUUCUUGAUGAAGCAGAUAAGCUUUUAGAAGAAGGAAGCUUCCAGGAGCAAAUAAAUUGGAUUUAUUCUUCCUUGCCUGCCAGUAAACAGAUGCUAGCAGUAUCAGCUACUUACCCUGAAUUUUUGGCUAAUGCUUUGACAAAGUACAUGAGAGAUCCCACUUUUGUAAGACUGAAUGCCAGUGAUCCAAGUCUCAUAGGUUUGAAGCAGUAUUACAAAGUUGUCAAUUCGUACCCUUUGGCACAUAAGGUUUUUGAGGAAAAGAUUCAGUAUUUACAGGAACUAUUCAGCAGAAUUCCAUUUAAUCAAGCUUUAGUCUUCUCUAAUUUGCAUAGCAGAGCACAACAUUUGGCUGAUAUCCUUUCUUCUAAAGGCUUCCCUGCUGAGUGCAUUUCAGGCAAUAUGAAUCAGAAUCAGCGUCUUGAUGCUAUGGCUAAACUGAAGCAGUUUCAUUGCAGAGUCCUCAUUUCCACAGAUUUGACUUCCCGUGGGAUUGAUGCUGAGAAGGUGAAUCUGGUUGUAAAUCUGGAUGUACCGUUGGAUUGGGAGACAUAUAUGCAUCGGAUUGGCAGAGCUGGCCGUUUUGGUACAUUGGGACUGACAGUGACCUACUGUUGCCGGGGAGAGGAAGAAAAUAUGAUGAUGAGAAUUGCCCAGAAAUGUAAUAUCAACCUUCUACCUUUACCAGAUCCCAUUCCUUCUGGUCUGAUGGAAGAAUGUUUGGAUUGGGAUGUGGAGGUGAAAGCUGCUGUGCAUACAUAUGGCAUAGCAAGUGUACCUAACCAACCUCUAAAAGCACAGAUUCAAAAAACAGAGAGACCCCUUCAAACUCAGAAAGCUCAUGGUAACCACAUAGCUUCCUCUAGAAAUACUUCUGUGUCUGCACUAUCAGUCAAAUCAAAAAAUAAUACCAAACAAAAGCUUCCUGUGAAAAGCCACUCAGAGUGUGGAAUCAUAGAAAAAGCAGUGUUAACAAAAGAACUGGGCUGUGCCAUACAAUCUGAAGAGCAAAUGAAGAAUUCUGUUCAGACCCCCAUUGAAAGCUCCACCAACAGUCAGCACCAGGUCAAAGAAGCUUUACCUGUGUCACUCCCCCAAAUUCCUUGUCUGUCUUCCUUUAAAAUCCAUCAGCCAUACACUUUGACUUUUGCUGAAUUGGUAGAGGAUUAUGAACACUACAUUAAAGAGGGAUUAGAGAAACCUGUGGAAAUCAUUAGGCAUUACACAGGUCCUGGGGAUCAGACUGUGAAUCCUCAAAAUGGUUUUGUGAGAAAUAAAGUUACUGAACAGAGAGUCCCUGUAUUGGCAAGUAGUAGCCAAUCUGGAGACUCUGCGAGUGACACUGAUUCUUACAGUUCAAGAACUUCUUCUCAGAGCAAAGGAAAUAAGACAUACUUGGAGGGCUCUUCUGAUAAUCAGUUGAAAGACUCUGAAUCUACUCCUGUAGAUGAUCAUAUUUCUUUGGACCAACCUUCAAAUGGAAGUGACACUCCCGGUCCAGAGGAAUAUCAAGAAUCACCUGAAAUCCAGAUCAAAUCAAGACAGAAAGAGGGGGCUAGCCGGAGAGCUAAGCAGAGCCGGAGAAACCUACCCAGGCGGUCUUAUAGAUUGCAGACUGAAGCCAAGGAAGAUAGUUGGUAUGACUGUCACAGGGAAGCACAUCUGAGUUCUUCUGAUAACUAUCAGGAUUAUGAGGAUUACUGGAAAGCUUACUACAGGGCAUGGCAAGAAUAUUAUGCUGCCGCUUCUCAGUCAUAUUAUUGGAAUGCUCAGAGACAUCCAAGUUGGAUAGCAGCCUAUCAUAUGAAUAACAUUUAUCUACAAGAAAUGAUGCAUAAUAACCAGUGAUUAUAGGAUAUACCUGAGACCAUCAGGAGCUGUCAACAAGUGAUACCUUCGGAUAUCCAUCUUCCUCGACCUCUAGUACAGUGGUAGAUAGUGGCAUUUCUGAUAAACUUGAAAGGACUUGAGGCUUUCUACUGGGACACAUCUAUUUUUCAGAUUGUUUUGAUUUAGGACAGGUAUAUUAUCUUCAUUUUAAUUUAAGAGUUUUUUUUUUUAAACUACAGAUUCUUGAAAGUUAAAUUUGGGGACAUAGAGCUGAAAGUUUCAGGGUGCCAUUUUCUAUAAGAUCUUCCCAAAAGAAACAUUUAAAAACAUAUAUACCACUGCUUACUUAAAAACAAUAAAAACAAUAGAUUUGAGAAGUAA